AUGGAAAUCGAGAAGGCCCCGGAGGCGUUAGCAGGAGAAGUACGUCCGCUUCUACCGACUAACUACAACAUCAUCGUUGAAUUGAGAAGCCAAGUCAUUUCGAAAAACCGACGAGUUCACUCCACCCUUCUCGGGAAACUCACGGGAACUUUAGGGGCACGUCCCCAGCUUAUGUUAUUGGGAAAAUUAUCGGGAAUAAUUCUUGGGACAUUUUGGGAACAUUCAAUGUGAAUUGUCGUAUUUUAGGCCAUCCAGGCCAUUUCUCUGAGGAGAAGAGAACUCACACUCAUGAGUCGUCUAAUUUUGUUAAUGGUCUUUCCUGUCUAAUCUCCGAGGAGAUGCAAACUCUCUCAAGCUGCUCAGAUGUGGACUCCGCCAACGAAGGUGAGUCCGAUUCAAAGACUGAAUACAUUCCAGCACUCAGAAGACUUACGCACGCUUCCAGCUCCCUGAUGAUUAAUGUCAUAACCCGAGGAAGUGCCAGGCCCGCCCAAAAACAAACGGAACAGCCCAAGGUAAGUCAAAAAAGGCACAUCAGGCUCACGGGAGUUUGGCCGCCCUGA